AUGUCUAUGGCGAGUUUGUAUCGGCGGUUCCUUCCCUCCCCACCGGCAAUAGAAUUCGCUUCUGUUGAAGGCAAGAAAAUCUUCAAUGAAGCUCUUCAGAAAGGCACCAUGGAAGGAUUUUUCAGGCUGAUUUCUUAUUUUCAGACGCAGUCCGAGCCUGCCUUCUGUGGUUUGGCUAGUCUUUCAAUGGUUUUGAAUUCUCUUUCCAUUGACCCUGGCCGUAAAUGGAAAGGGCCUUGGAGGUGGUUUGACGAAUCAAUGCUGGAAUGUUGCGAGCCGCUUCAAAUAGUCAAGGAUAAGGGUAUUUCAUUUGGGAAAGUUGUCUGUUUGGCUCAUAGUUCUGGGGCAAAAGUCGAAGCCUUCCGUACAAAUCAAAGCACCAUUGAUGCUUUCCGCAAGAACGUGAUGAAAUGUUCGACUUCUGAUAAUUGUCAUAUGAUCUCAACAUAUCAUAGAGAAGUCUUCAAGCAGACUGGAACAGGCCACUUUUCACCUAUUGGGGGCUAUAAUGCUGAAAGAGAUAUGGCUUUGAUUCUUGAUGUCGCUCGUUUCAAGUAUCCUCCUCAUUGGGUUCCUCUUAAACUUCUAUGGGAUGCCAUGGACAGUAUUGAUCAGUCAACAGGGAAACGUAGAGGGUUCAUGCUUAUAUCUAGACCACACAGGGAACCGGGAUUACUCUAUACUCUGAGUUGCAAGGAUGAGAGCUGGAACAGCAUAGCAAAGUAUUUGAAGGAAGAUGUUCCUCGUCUUGUAAGCUCACAAGAUGUUGAUACUAUUGAAAGAAUCUUAGAUGUUGUGUUCAAGUCACUUCCGUCAAAUUUCAACCAAUUUAUCAGAUGGAUGGCUGAGAUCCGAAGAGUAGAGGAUGUAAAUCAAAAUCUCAGCUCAGAAGAGAAAUCAAGGCUGGACUUAAAGCAAGAGUUACUGAAACAAGUUCACGAAACUCAACUGUUCAAGCACGUUGAUAAGUUUCUAUCCGCUGUGGGUUACGAAGACAAUCAAGGAGCUCAAAUCUUAUCGGGAACUGAAUUAGAUGAGAUGUGUUGCCACGAGACUUGUGUGAAAUGCAUCAAAGGUCAUGGCGAGGAGAAAGCGACGGUGGUAGCUUACCCAUCCGGGAACGAUGUGUUCACUGCUCUUCUGUUGGCUUUACCUCCACAGACUUGGUCAGGUAUCAAAGACCAUUCACUUUUGCAAGAAAUGGAACAACUCAUUUCUCUGGUUAGCCUCCCGACUUUGCUUCAACAAGAGGUUUUGCAUCUACGACGCCAACUUCAGAUGCUAAAACGAUGCCAGGAGAAUAAAGAAGACGAAGACCUCUCUGCUCCUGCCUAA